UCCUCCCUACGUACUCGGCGUCCACGCGCUGUUGUUUUGAUUGACGCCAGUAGUCGGGCUUCAACUUCAGUUUGCGGUCAGCAUGUAUUAUUAACCCACUCAAUAACGAUGUCUGAAGUAAUGAUGACAGCAAUGGAGGACCUUUCAAUAUGCCCCAUGAAAGCAGAGGAGCUCACCGACGGUGUUCGGAGUUUCCUGCUCGUGGACGAACAGGAGAACCUGCAGGUCCGAGAUGAGUCAGAUUUUGUUGAAAGACUCAACUGUGCAGAUGUGGGAGGUGUCAAGGUUCUGUCCAUCUUUGGGAACACGGGGGACGGCAAGUCACACACCCUGAACCACAUCCUGUUCAAUGGCGAGAGUGUGUUUUUUACCUCCAAGUCCUCUAGCUCCUGUACAGUAGGUGUGUGGGCCGCUUAUGACCCCUCCCUCAGCCUGGUUGCCUUGGAUACCGAAGGCUUGUUGGGAGCAGCUGCCAAUCAAAACCAGAGAAUGAGGCUUCUCCUAAAGGUCCUCGCAGUGUCAGAUAUAGUAAUCUAUCGAACGCGAGCGGAGCGCCUGCACAAUGACAUGUUCCAGUUCCUGAGCAGUGCGUCAGGAGCCUAUUUGAAACACUUCACCCCAGAACUCAGGGCCCUAUCCAGCCGCUGUGGUUUAGACGUGCCCCUCUCGUGCCUUGGGCCUGCUGUUAUUGUCUUUCAGGAGACAACACACACACAACUGCUGGGCCAUGAUUCAAAGGUAGCUGGUCAUGCUGACUUGCAGCUCCAGAGGCGGUUUCAUGAUCUGGGCUUGGGGACUGAUGCCUUCAGCUCGGUGCAAUACGUAGGUACUCAAACCAUCACGCCUCCAACUGACUACAGCAAACUGCUGGAGGCCCUCAGACAGCAAGUGCAAAACACUCACACACGUUCGCCCCGCCACCCUGGCAUAGUGUUCCACGCUUUGGAAGCCCUCAGUAAACGGUUCUGUGGUGACCUGUCAGAUGGAAAGCUGAAUCUGUACAUGUUCUUCCCAGAUGAGUACUUCACCUGCUCUGCUGUUUGCCUGAGUUGCAAUAUUCGCUGCAAGAAUGGAAUGAACCAUCUGCGAGACAGGGUCCCGCACAUGGCAGAUGGACUAUGCCAGUAUGCACACCAGUUCAAUAACAAAGUCCUUAUCUGUAAGAGGUGCUAUGAAAGUGGCAGAGAGGUGACAGUAAUGCCUAAAACCUCGGCGUCCUCUGACAACCCGUGGUUUGGUCUUGCCAAGUUUGCCUGGUCGGGUUAUGUGUUAGAGUGUGCCAGCUGUGGUGUCAUCUACCGCAGCAGACAGUAUUGGGUAGGGAACCAGGACCCCGAGAGCAGCGUGGUGCGUUCUGAGGUCAAACACGUUUGGGAGGGGUCGGACACCUUCCUUACCAACCACCAGAACGCGGCCCAGAGGGUCUUGGAUGGGAUGAACUACGUGAUUCAGUCAGUUUCUGAGUACAGCACCGGCCCCACCAAAGCUGUCGCUGCCUGGCUCACUGACCAGGUGGCACCGCCGUACUGGAGACCCAACACAGAGAUUACCGCUUGUCAUGGCUGUCACAGAGCGUUCGAGGAGGCAGAGCGUAAGCACCACUGUCGGUCAUGUGGUGAGGGGUUCUGCCACCUGUGUUCCAGUCAUAGGAUGCCUGUGCCGGAGAGGGGCUGGGGCAGCAGCCCUGUCAGGGUGUGUAUGGCCUGCUACCGUCACGGAGGACCACCCGAAACCACCAGUCAGGUGUGCAAAGCGGAGCCUCGUGGUCUCAUCGCUCGCAGGGUGGCGGAGGUGGCUCAGUCCACCUUAGACAUCGUCAGCACCGCUGUGGACUACCCACUCUGCUUUGUCAAGGAUGUGGCUCGACCGGACUACUGGGUGCCCGACCAGGAGAUCACCCAAUGCCACCAGUGCUCGAAAGUCUUCACUCCAAUCAUGUCCAAGCACCACUGCAGAGCCUGCGGUCAGGGGGUGUGCGGCCCCUGCUCAACACACAUGAAGCCCGUACCCUCAAGAGGCUGGGACCACCCAGUGCGAGUGUGUGACAACUGUAACGCCAGCACGGAUACGCUCUAAAACUACAGAUGUAAGUCCCCAGUCAAACUAAAUGAGCGUCUGUUGUUACAAAGAUAGCUUGCUAUCAGGUGCCAGUCGAAGAUGGGAUUUUUAUCUCUUUUGCCUACAUCAUCUGAUUCUGCGUCACGUAGUAGCAAAACUGAUUAAACGAUCAGUAGUCGUCUUUACUACAGGUUUCAGCUGCUUUGUUUUGUUGCCUCGAAAAUAUGACAACGGCUGGAAGCCCUGGAGUACGUCACCUGUGGAACAAAAGUGGAGAACAAAUGAACCAGGAGAGAAGAUUUUCAAUCACUGUACUAGUAAUCUCUUUUUCCAAACGUUCACAUUUUAUCUCACGAG